AUGGGCGAGGAUGACGCGAAGUUACAGGGAGCAGUCCUCGAACCCUCUGGUGGUCUUGCUCUAAAGACAACAGGGCAACUUGCUGGGAAUCCAAGCGGCCCUGAAAGCACGGCAAUGCACGAUGACAUUGCAACAUUGCCGGAUGCCACAUCACCAGACCUCCAUCUCAGCCAUCCAACGGACCAAGAGAAUAGCUUCAUUUGGAGACUCCAGUCAGUUGCUUGGAAAGACGCCCUGACUGUACCCCAAUUUAUAGAAGGAUGCGCAUAUGUCACGACCCUCCCACUCGCGAAGAACAAGGGAAUGACACAGUGGAUUUUGGUGGAUAAAACGCUCCCUCCUGGUCGCCGGCAGAUAUUGGCUUCGUGUGAAUCAGUUCGCAAGCGUUCAUUGACCAGCGAUGCCAACGGAAAUGUCACCGAGACAAUCACGCAUGGCGUUGCCAGCGUCUACUGCAAUCCACGGUAUCGACGUCGAGGAUACGCUUCACGGAUGUUGACCGAGUUGGGUAAAGUCCUGGCGACUUGGCAGGUGGAGGGAGUCAGCAAAGUCGCUGCAAGCGUGCUUUUUUCGGAUAUUGGGAGCAAGUUCUAUGCCGCUGUGGGAUGGCAACCGUUCUCGAGCUACCACAUUGAAUUCAGUCCCGCCCCACUUGAGAGCCGCAGUGCUACUUGUGUUCUAGCUGAAGAGGUAGGUCAGCUCUGUGCAGAUGACGAAUCAAUAAUCCGCCAGGCUAUGGCCCGUCCAUAUAAGGACGGAAGAGCUAGACACAUGAUUCUUCCUGAUCAUGAUCAUAUGCUCUGGCAUCACCACAAAGAAGAGUUUGACUGCGAGAAACUGCUGGAAAAAAAGCCGCAUAUUAAAGGGGCCAUUGCAGGAGAACCGGGCAAUCGAGUAUGGGCUAUCUGGAUCCAUCGGUUUUAUAAAUCUCCAGACGGGUGUUCGGGCAACGUGCUAUACAUCUUACGACUAGUCAUUGAGAAUACCUUACUUCUGGACGAUUCCUCCGAUGAUAACAAACGGCCCGAUUUACCGGUGAAAGAGCUUAGAGCAGUCCUGCAAGCGGCGCAGGCUGAGGCAGCGAACUGGAGAUUACAACAUGUGAAAUUGUGGGAUCCUUCGCCCCUGGCCGAAGAAUUAAUCAAACGCACAGGGAUAGACCAUCGUAGAGUGGUGCGAGAGAAUGAUGGGAUCUGUUGUUUGAGAUGGUACGGGGACGGGGACGAGCAGGAAAAGUCGCUGAGUUGGAUUGGAAAGCAGAAGUACUGCUGGUGCUAA